AUUCGCUCUGUAUUCCCUCCGGCGACUGUCUCAGAGUUCGGUCAAAUUCCUCGCCGGCUACCCCUUACUCCUCUCUGUUUCUUGAAAUUCACACCGCUUUCAACCUCGCUCCGCCAUGAAUCCUGAAUACGACUAUUUGUUCAAGCUUUUGCUUAUUGGAGAUUCUGGUGUAGGGAAAUCAUGUCUCCUUCUGAGGUUUGCUGAUGAUUCAUACCUUGACAGCUAUAUCAGUACCAUUGGUGUUGACUUUAAAAUUCGUACUGUUGAGCAAGACGGGAAGACUAUUAAACUUCAAAUUUGGGAUACUGCUGGUCAAGAACGUUUCCGUACUAUCACAAGCAGCUACUAUCGAGGGGCUCAUGGCAUUAUUGUUGUUUAUGAUGUUACUGACCAGGAGAGCUUCAACAAUGUCAAACAAUGGCUGAAUGAAAUUGACCGUUAUGCCAGUGAAAAUGUUAACAAGCUUCUAGUUGGAAAUAAGUGUGACCUCACGGCAAAUAAAGUCGUGUCCUAUGAGACUGCAAAGGCAUUUGCAGAUGAAAUUGGGAUCCCCUUCAUGGAAACUAGUGCUAAAAAUUCCACCAAUGUGGAACAGGCUUUCAUGGCCAUGGCUGCUGAAAUUAAAAACAGAAUGGCAAGCCAACCAACGAACAAUGCCAGGCCUCCAACAGUGCAGAUUCGGGGACAGCCUGUGAAUCAGAAGAGUGGUUGCUGCUCCAAUUAGAGAAGGCAAGUAUUGGUGGUCUGAAGCGAAGGCUUAUGUGUCUGCGUGGCAUGUAAAACUAGUUCGUUUCACAUCAUGCUUUCAUCAUAUGAAGAAUUUGUUCAUCAAGCUUUGCUUUUUGUGAUUUAGCUCGUUGUUAAAACUUCCAUUCUUUUCAAUGUAUUUGAUUUUAAAAUACAUUUGUACAGAACUAGGAAUUGGUAAGCUGCAGUAUUUACCUUAUUCUUUGCCCCAUUCUCUACAUGUGUAGUAGCAGCUUGUGCAAUUUAAUUUGAAUAGCUCUAGUCCAGUAUUUAAAUAAACAGCGGCAAGUUGAUUUUAGCUUCUGCAAAUUCUCAAUAGUAUUGUGGUUUUGUUUCCUUCA